GUUGUAUAAAUAAAUUUCUUAAUUAUUGUAAAGAACUGAAAAAAACGGAUGAAAAAAGAGGCAAAAUUUUGGCUAAUGCUCUCUAUGGAUAUUUAGGAAAAAGCAAAAAUGUCCUCGCCAUCCGCAGCGAUUGUAUUUAUGUGAAGGGGGAAUUACCGACUAAGUUUUCGAAAGAGGCUGAAAAAUAUCAAAAGUAUAAAAUAAUCCGCUACCAGCAAGUAGGUUUUUUUGGUGAUGAUAAUGUUUUUGUUUAUGACAAUAGAGAAUUAAAAAGUUUUGCUAAUAAUCCUUCUGAAAGAAAAAAACUGAUGGAAGAAUUUUUAAGUAAGCAAUUGAGCAAAGUAACCGAAGAAGAAAAAACUAAAAUAAGAAAAUUUGUUAAGGACAACUGCCGAGAUAUUAUUGAAAAAGUAAAAGAGCAGUUAAAAAACAUAGGAGUAGAAUGA